AUGGGGCGCGGGAAGAUCGAGAUUCGGAAGAUUGACAACGCGACUACGCGGCAAGUGACCUUCUCGAAGCGGCGCAAUGGGCUGCUGAAGAAGGUGCGCGGGGGGGUGCUGAAGAAGGUGCGGUGGGCGGAUGGGCGUGGUGGGUGCCGGAGAGAAGGGGGCGGAAGAGGACGAGGAGGGGAAAUGGGGGAAAGGUUGGGUCUCCCGCACCCAAAUGUGCACUUCCUGCGCGCUGCUCCCUUCCCCUGCGCGGCGCCCAUCUCCGUGCACCCAUCCCUGCUGCGCUGCGCCUGUCCCGGGUGCCCAUCCCUAGCGGCUAUCUCAUGCGCGCAUCCCAUGCGUCCAACCCCUGCACCUAUCUGCGCCCAUCCCAUCACUUGCGCCAUCCCAUGCGCCCAUGCGCCCAGUCCCCUGCGCCACCCCUUGCGCCCACCCCUUGCUCCCACCCCUGUGCGCCCACCCCUGUGCGCCCACCCCUGUGCGCCCAACCCCGUGCGCCGACCCCGUGGCCCCACCACCUGCGCCCACCCCCGUGCGCCCAUCCCGUGCGCCCAUCCCCUGCGCACCCCGUGCGCCCACCCCGUGCGCCCACCCCUGUGCGCCCAUCCCUGUGCGCCCAUCCCUGUGCGCCCACCCCUGUGCGCCCAACCCCGUGCGCCCCACCCCCUGCGCCCACCCCCUGCGCCCAUCCCGUGCGCCCAUCCCGUGCGCCCACCCCGUGCGCCCACCCCGUGCGCCCACCCCUGUGCGCCCAUCCUUGUGCGCCCACCCCUGUGCGCCCACCCCUGUGCGCCCAACCCGUGCGCCGACCCCGUGCGCCCCACCCCCUGCUCCCACCCCAUGCGCCCACCCCGUGCGCGCAUCCCGCGCCCACCCCGUGCGCCCACCCCGUGCGCCCACCCCUGUACGCCCAUCCCUGUGCGCCCACCCCUGUGCGCCCACCCCUGUGCGCCCACCCCUGUGCGCCCAACCCCGUGCGCCGACCCCUUGCGCCCCACCCCUGCCUCCCACCCCAUGCGCCCACCCCCGUGCGCGCAUCCCGCGCCCACCCCGUGCGCCCACCCCGUGCGCCCACCCCUGUGCGCCCAUCCCUGUGCGCCCACCCCUGUGCGCCCACCCCUGUGCGCCCACCCCUGUGCGCCCAACCCCGUGCGCCGACCCCUUGCGCCCCACCCCCUGCUCCCACCCCAUGCGCCCACCCCGUGCGCGCAUCCCGCGCCCACCCCGUGCGCCCACCCCGUGCGCCCACCCCUGUGCGCCCAUCCCUGUGCGCCCACCCCUGUGCGCCCACCCCUGUGCGCCCACCCCUGUGCGCCCAACCCCGUGCGCCGACCCCUGCGCCCCACCCCCUGCUCCCACCCCAUGCGCCCACCCCGUGCGCGCAUCCCGCGCCCACCCGUGCGCCCACCCCUUGCCCAUCCUCUGCGCCCGCCCCGUGCGUCCAUCCCCUGCACGCAUCCCUUGCGCCCAUCCCCCUGUGCCCACCCCCCUGUGCCCACCCCCGUGCACCCCCUAUUCCCCCCUCCCCUCCACUCCCCCCGCGCUUUCAUCCCCCGGCAGGCGUACGAGCUGGCGGUGCUGUGCGACGUGGAGAUCGGCGUCAUCAUCUUCUCCGCCACCGGCAAGCUCUUCCAAUACGCCAGCACCAACAUGGACGCCAUAGUGGAGCGGUACCGGCGGCUGGCGGUGGAGAGCGGCAAGGACCACCGCCCGCCGUGGCAGCAGCAGAACCCCCCCCAGAGCGCCGGCCUUGCCACGCCGCUGCAGCACAGCAAGGAGCGGCCGGGCGAGCAGCAAGCGAAGAGGCUCCAGCUGCAGCAGUUGAAAGGCAAGGCCAUGGCCACGCCACAGGGAAUGCUCGAGGCAGCAGAGCAACAGGAUCAACCGCGCGACUUGGAGGUUUCAAGGCUGCAAGACCAGCCGUUGACGGCGCUUGCUUGCCUCGACGCAACAGGAGAGUCGUUUGAAGGCCUGGGAUUGGAUGAGAUGAGGCGGGUGGAGAAGCAGCUAGAAGCCAGCCUAUCUCGAUUGAGAGAAAAAAAGGAGGAGCUGUUCAACCGAACCAUCUCCCACCUCAAAUCGCGCCUGGAGGAUAAGAGCAAGGCCGAGGCACGCGCAGGGGCGGAUGCUGGUGGUGAGGGAAUGGUGGGAGCAGGAGGUGGGGAGGCGGUGAAAGCAGCGGAUGAGGGCGAGAGUGGGGGCAGAGAGAGGGUGGCGGAUGGAAGGGAGUGCCCGGGGGCAGACAUGGAGGGACACCGCGAGGAGGCGAAUGUGCAGGGCAAUGGGGAUGGGGACGCGGAGGGGUAUGGGGAGGAUGGUGGCGAGGGGGGUAUCGGGGGGGGUGAGGAGGAUAGGGAUGAUGAUGACUGCAGCGAUGCUGGCGCUGGUUUUGGUGCUGAUGUGGAUGCUGCUGCUGGUGGAGAUGAUGAUGCCGGUGUUGGUGGGGCAGCUGUGGCAUCGACAGCCAUGGGGAUGGAAGGCGGCGUGGAUGGGUUGCAGGAGAGUGACUCCGAUGACGAUGAUGACGACAAUGACGCCAUUCACCACGCCUUCCCAUUGCCCGCUUCCUCUUCCCACACCCACACCCAUGCCGUGUCAGCCCGUCCCUGGAGCCACCCGUCUCACCCGCACAGCCGUGUGCACGGCACCUCGCGCGGCAUCUUGCAUGCACAUGCGGGUGGCCGCCCACCAGGUGUGCCGGUGGGGCGUGGCACCGCGCACUCACGCGAGGCUCACCCCGCAUCACCUCGCCGCUCUGCACCAUUAUCUGCCGUUUAUGCUACCAGUGAAGGCGCUGCUGCUGCUGCUGCUGCGGCUGCCAGUGGAGUGGCAGCGCUGGCGGAGGCAGCGAGGGCGAUGGUGAAGCAGGAGGCGAUGGAAACGGAAGAAGCGCACGGGACGGAAGCUGCUGCACUGCCUCUUCCCCCUCCCGCACAUGCACUGCCCAACACAGCGGCUCGGGUGUGGAUGGGUCGAGGUGAGCCAGAGGGGGCAUUGAGAGGCGAUGCGGCAGGGGGUGCAGCAGCAGCUGGUGGUGGCGCUGAUAUCGCAACGCCUGCAGCAGAAGGGGACAGAGCCGCUAGGGAGGGUGCCUUUGAGGUCUUGCCAGUGGAGGCGUCCAGAGGCAGAGCUCCGAGUGAUGGGGUUCCAGCCAAUAGGCUGUCGAUCGUUGAGGCCUUGCUGCGAGGGAAGCGCGGCCCAGAUGAGCAGCUGGCGCAGGAGAAAACGAAGCUGCUGAGAAGGUUCUGGAUGGAUGUGGAGGGGGGUCAGCAGGGGGAGGGGAAUGGGCAGCAUCAGCCUCCUCCUCAGCAGCAGGCAGAGCAGCAGGCAGAGCAGCAGCGCGACAAGCGUGGAGCACAUGGAGCGGGCAGUGGCGAGCGUGUGCAGUUGGGGUUGACAGGCAGUGCACCUACUCAGCUGCGCACGGGCUCACAUGGCCCUGGCCGUGAUGCUGCUGCACAGCAGGCCGUGCAGGCAGGCAGCACAAGUGGUGCACCCGGGCCUGGUGCUGCCGGCAUGCCGCAUGCCACGCCACCCGAACCUGUCCCUGCUGCUGAGCAGGGGAAGGGAGCCAAGGGAAGGGGUAGUGAGCCGUUCGGUGGGAUUCAAGGCCCGCGCUUGCAGCCACAACAGCCAUUGUGGCAGCAGGAGAAGGAUAUGAGGUAUGGUGCGACACAUGAUGGUGGAGUGAAACAAGGCGGGGCGAUGCAGCUCGGGAGCUUCUCACUGCCGUCUGCAUCCACCGCCGGUGCAGCCCACGCAGCCCACGCAGCCCGUGCAGCCCGUGCAGGCCACACAGUGGCCGCUGAACCCCUUGCAGUCAACAACGCGUUUCUCGCCGCUGGAAGUGCCCCACAGCAGCACAGGGGGCUGCCCCAAACAGAUCUGAAUAUCGGGCUGUACGGCGCCUUUGAUGACGAUGGUCUCACACCAUAUGAAGGACCCUACUAG